GACAGUAAUGGUCACACAAAACGAGGAAAUAAUCACUAAUUAAUGGAUUUAAUUGGAUACCUGGUGUAAUCCUUAAACAUCGAGACUUCUGGCAAGAGGCUUGGGGGUAACAAUCGGUGGAGAGUUUAAUUAAUUAAACGAUCGAGGAUCGAUGAUUAGUCGGGGGGAGAUUAGUGAGCAGGCGGUUAGUGAUGGAGUCCAUAGGUGCCCAUAGUGAUAAGAGAGGGGUUAAUUGAUAGGAAUUACAGGACAUUCAAUAGUGCUGUUACAGAAAAGUUAUUCAUCAAUUAAUCAUUUAUUCUAAACAAUGUUCCUUCCUCCGUCGCUUUGCGCUCAUCAAUUAUUCUUUUGGUUAUCAUAUCAUUUGAUUUUCCUUUCUCAUUUCAUCUCCUCAAGUAUUAAUACUUAUUUAUUUACAUACACUGUUGCCUCAUUCAUCCCAGUGCGGUGAGUUACAAACGUUAUUAAAAUUACUAUAAAUAUUUUAUCGUACAUUUUUCACUGCAUUUUUGGGUUUAUUUCGUCAGCUUUUGAAGUUAUUGAUACCCACACGCCCAUUAUCAUGAAAAUAAUUGAUAAAUCAAGCUUCAACCCACCCACCCCCACCCGCUCGAGACAAGUUUAGGUAAUUUUGCUGAUCUUUCUUUAAUGAUUUCUCUUAUCUAAUGUAUUAGACAUUGCACAUUGGACAUUUGGAACGGAUUAGCGAAUAUUAUAGGCUCCGGGAGCAUCAGCAAGUCGAAUAAAUAUUAUGAGGAAAAUGACGAGUUCUGUCAGUACCAAUCCGUCGACACUUUUACCUCUUGAGCUCGUUGAUAAGUGCAUCGGGUCGAGGAUUCAUAUUAUCAUGAAGAAUGAUAAGGAGAUCGUCGGGACUUUGCUGGGAUUUGAUGAUUUUGUGAAUAUGCUCCUGGAAGACGUCACCGAGAGUGAAGCCACCCCCGAGGGCAGAAGGGUUACAAAACUAGAUCAGAUUCUACUAAAUGGAAAUAAUAUAACAAUGCUGGUUCCUGGUGGGGACAUGCCGGAUACGUAAGCCAUCGAGAAUUCCAUUAUUUAAGGCUCGAGUAAGAAAACACGUGAGGCGAUAAUGAAUCCAUUAUUAUUGUACCAAAAUUGAUAACCUUGGCCUUUUCAAUUAUAUUAUUUUUCAAGUACUUAA